GUGUGGUGGGAGCUCGUCGACUCGUCUGAGGCUGGCCCUCGAUCGCAGAGAAUGCCAUGGACGUCGCGACGCCUGCUAAUCUGUUCCUUUCCCACUGCUAUUCAUCGCUUUCUUGUAUCUCAGAGCUUUUUUCUCACUGAAGACAUUGCCAACGUUCAACAGUUCUAGCAAGAUGGACCGACUGCAUCUUGCGGUAAAGCCGCAGACCUUCUCGUUGUCUGGCUUUGAUAUGCAAGGUUCCUUUGCCAACAUACCGUAUGCCUUCUUCUACGAGAACGCUGCUGGUGCCGAUCCAUUCCUUCCGGUGUCUUUGCUGAAGGAGUCGCUAUCCAAGGCUCUCAUCGGCUUUCCCAUUCUUCUAGGCCACAUCCGGCAGACGGCGACAGGAAAGAUAAGCGUCGUGGUUGACCCAAACAACCUCAACCUGCCAGAGUUCGUGGACUCCACCUGCGACAACAUUUCAUUACAGGACAUCAAGUCUAAAAGCUUUUCGUGGGACUCUUGGCCCGAGGGCGUGGCCACCGUUGGUGGUUUCGCUGCGCCUGCGGCCACAGAUGGCAAGAUUCGACUCCUCAACGUGCAUGCCAUGAGGCUCAAGGAGAACAGUGGACUGAUUCUCUUCGUCAACAUUCCACACUAUGCGGUGGAUGGAUCUGGGUACUUUGCCUUUAUCCGACACUGGGCACGGACAAGUGCCUCAAUGCUGUCAGGCCAGGACACAAGCGCAAGAGAGGACCCGCGUCUCGACGCUGACAGAGGGAGGAUAAAGGAAUUUCUCUCCGUUGAGCGCAAGGCUCUAGACUCCAUCUCACACUCCAUGUACACAACCGCCAACUUCUUCUGCGAUACCCUGGCUUGGUUGUCGCCAACGACUUUGGGUCGGCUUCUCACCAAGCUUGGGAGUCUAUCAUCUGGGGAGGCACAUCUUUUCUACGUGUCCAAGGCGAAGCUAGUAGAGCUACGUCAAUCCAUGGAGUCACAUCUUCCCUCGGGAUCGCGUGUCAGCGACAAUGAUAUCUUAGUCUCUUUGAUCAGCAAGACGUAUGUACAGAGCCAACCCCAGGAGGAACCAAAACCUGGCUGGUUCACAAGGGCGCCAGAGAAAGAGACACACUUCACAGUUCGCAUCCCGUCCGAUGCGAGGCCACGCAUCGGCAUGGACGGUGCAUUCACGGGCAAUCUACUUCUCCCUGCACUCGUCCGUACCUCCAUGGAUGACCUCUCCAGACCGACAUCGCCAGAAACGCUGGCAUCAGCUGCCAUGCAGGUUCGUCGUACUAUUGGUGCCAUUGAUGCACCGCUGGUUGCUGAAUUUUACGACACGGUGUCAGCCCAUCCAUCCAGCCACAUGCGGCCGCUCGCGUUCGCGUCGGGCCACCAAACAACGAGCAUGGUCGCCACCAGCCAAGUGCGGUUUGGCAUGUAUGACGCCGAUUUUGGCCUUGGAAAGCCAGCGUUUGUGUGUCUGACUAAUCUAUUUGCUGGAAGCUACACGAUGGCUGCCCUAAUGCCGACUGCUCCAAACCAGGAGCCUGGCGUGAACGUGCUUCUUACAAGUAACGCCGUUGCGAUGGGCAACAUGCUCAAGAAUCCGUUUUGGAGGGAAACAGUGGAUUUGCUAUGGUAAACGGGGUGGCCACUAGUUCUUGAGCAGCACGGAGAGAGAAUAGAACCAUACACCAAUGCCAACCCUUGAUAAUCUCAAUGUUGGCUGGACUAUCCGUCCUUGCGAAGAUUGUCCAUCAAGCCGGUGAAACGGUAAGAAAAAGGCUUAGUAUGACUCACUCCACUGGGUGUGCCAUGCCCAUCGUGAUAAGUUGGGCGCUCUUUUGGCCGAGCUAUCUGCCGGAGGUAUCUGGCUCGCCGCCAAAGGCGGAGUCUCCACGCUGGCGCAUGUACAUACUGGAUAAAUUGUAGCUUGCAACAUUGGGGGCGUUGAUAAAGACUAACACAUGUGAUCUCUACGUAAGUAACUGGGGAACUCUGCAUAUCGGCCGUCGUGGGCCGUGGCGUCC